GAGCUAGCGGACUUGGAAGAGCGUGCCGCGGCGCACGUGGAGAAGGUGAAGGAGACUGCUGGGAAGGGCAAAAAGGCGAAGCAGGCCAUCGAGACGGCCGAGCGGGAGGUGGAUCAAUGGCUCUACGAUCUCCGGGAGCGCCAGAAGGAGGAGGUGGAGGAGCUGGCGGAGAGACUUUCGGGCGGUCCGAAGGAGGCCGCCGCAGCGAAGGAGGAGAAGGCUUCCGAGGAGCCGAGCGCGGAGGACGACGAGGCGGAAAGGGCCCGGCGGAAGAAGGAGAAAGCUCAAAAGAAGCGUCAAAGCAGGGCCGACAAGGAGGCUCAAAAAGAGGCUGAGAAGGAAAGGGAACGAAGAGAGGCUGGGCCCUCGGCCCGUGAGUUGGAGCUCGAGUCCCUGGCCGCGGCGCUUUCCGCGCAGAAGCCGGUCAUGAAGAUCCACGAGAUCCCCUCCGACG